AAAAGCGCAUGCGCAGUGCAUUCAGCGUUCCUCUGGCCCUUGUAGCACGAAGGCUCCUUAACGAGGAACCGGACUCCAUUAACCCAGUCGCUGCACCGCGUACAGAGCAUUCAGAAACAUGGCGAGGUACCUCCGACCCCCCAACAGCUCCCUGUUCGUCAGGAACAUCUCGGACGAGUCCAGGCCGGAGGACUUGCGCCGUGAGUUUGCUCGCUAUGGCCCGAUAGUCGACGUCUACAUCCCGCUCGACUUCUACCACCGCCGACCCCGCGGAUUCGCCUACAUCCAGUUCGAGGACGUCCGCGACGCGGAGGACGCUCUCCACAACCUGGACCGCAAGUGGGUCUGCGGCCGUCAGAUCGAGAUCCAGUUCGCCCAGGGAGACCGCAAGACUCCCAACCAGAUGAAGACCAAGGACUCUCCCCCCCGGGGGUCCUCGCGCCACGACGACGGCGACCGCCAGGGCCGGAGGAGACGCUCCCGGAGCCGCAGCUACGAGAGACGGCGCUCGCCGAGCCGCGGCCACGGAGACGCCCGCGGCCAUGAGCGGCGCCCGCGCAGGUCCAACAGCCCCCGAGAGUCUCGCUCCGCUGGCCGCAACAGACACAGCCCGCCCCCUGACCAGGAGAGGUACAGAGGCCCCCCCCGGGACCACCACAGACCCCCCCAGGGCCCCGGGUCCCGGAGCCGCUCUGCUUCCCGCUCCCCCGCCAGACAGCGGCCCAAGGCCCGCAAGAGUCCGUCCCGCUCGGCCACCCCGCUGCAGGACUUCCACCCCUCCUCCGGGGGGCGCCAGAAGCAGAGCUCCCGCCGCUCCUACUCCCGCUCCCUGUCUCGCUCCCGCUCGCGCUCCCGGUCCUGGGCGGGGCGCGAGGCAGACGCCCGCUGACCCCCCAGUGUUUUUAGCCGUGUCUGUUGGCAGGGGGCCAGGUCGCUAGGGGCCUGGCCGACCUCCACAGACAUCUUUAGUUUCCGUGGCCCCCCGGUGAGCUGACUAGUUAGGGAGCCGACCGGACGUUAGUCAGGAUUAUUUGGUCUAAUUGGUUUUUUUGUGUGACGACAGUGGUCGCAGUUCACCAAAGUGAUAUUUUUCUACUUACCGUGUUUCUGUUCUGUUUAGUUUGUUCUGUUGGGUUCUAUCUGGGUUCUAGUAGUUCGACUCAGUAGAGUACAAAGCAUUGAAUCUGUUUUUUCUACUUCUUUGCGUGCAAAGUGUGCGUAGCGUCUUGGGAGGAACGUGGUCUUCAACUUGUAUUCAAUGCUUUCUGUAUCUGGCAAUAAAUGGACAAAUUCAAA